UUUCGAGGUUAUGUGUGAUGUGAUUCUUUUGUUUAUUUGUCUAUUAUAGUUUUCAGUAUUAUUAUUUUUAUAUAUAUAACAAUAUAUUUAUCAAUUCAUUGGAUUUUGGUAUUAAACGAAUUGAAUUUUUUCAGAGGCUGAGUUUUAACUGCCUUCUGCUAAAAAUAUUUGUGUUUGUAUAGUGUAAUAACUAACUGCCCAGAUCAAGAAAGAAUUCAGAGGUCUCUAUAUGGUCUAGAGGCAGGUAGUCGCGGAUCUCAGACGAAGCGUACUGGAAAAUUCCUAGCAGCAAACCCAUAAACCCAGCAAGCCAAGUCUAGUAUUAUGGAUCCUUCGGAAAAGACUAAAAAAAAAUUACAGAAUGCUCUUAAGCUAAGCGGCUUCAAUAUUAGAAGGGAAUUUUGUUCAUAUUUAGUGGAAAAAUUUGGUGAUUCAGGACUUAACUUGAAUUGCAACGAAAUAUUUGAUGAAACCAUAAAAAACAUCAGCUCUGUGCUAGAAAACCAAUGUUCUUCUGGACAGAGUAUUGAAAGAGAGCACAUAGAAAGAGUUCUGGAGGUGUGUUUACACUCAGGCUAUGAUCAUAAUGAAACAGUCUUUAAUGUAAUAAACGCAUUUGAUUUCCCAAGACUCAGUUAUCACCUAGACAGAAAAAUUUACCAGCAAGACCACCAGAAAAGCAAAUUAUUAGCUGAACCGGAAGUUAAUUCAAAAAUGUUCCUUGAUCGUUACUCAAAAGUUUUACAACGGACCAGGCGGAUAUUUGCUCAUUCUUUACUACGUGGUGAAAAAAAUCAGUUGACAUUACAAACUGUUGAUUUUUUGUUGACUUCUUCUGAGGUUACUUUGGAUAGGACAUUGAUAUUGGGUGCCCUGCUGCAAGGACCAGAUGGAGGAUUAGUAUUAGAGGAUCCUACUGGCUUUGUGAAGUUGGAUCUAACCCAUGCAAAAUACCAUCCAGGCUUUUAUGUUGAAACCUGCAUAAUACUUGUAAAUGGUUUCUAUGAAGACAAAAUCUUACAUGUUUCCACCAUGAUAAUGCCUACAGGAGAAGAUUAUGUAAAUUCUAGGCCCACUUUUGGUAACAUAAAUUACUUCGGAGGACCAUCUAAUGUAACACUAAAAGACUCUAAACGGCUCAACAAACAUCUAAUGGAUAACCCAGAUGGUAUGUUUGUAUUUCUUAGUGAUGUUUGGCUGGAUCAUCCUCAAACGUUUCAAAAACUGGAAAAACUGUUUGAUCAAAUGGAGCAGUUUGCUCCACCAGUUGCUUUUGUUUUUAUGGGAAAUUUCAUGUCUGAAUCUCACGGUACUGAAAUGCUUGAUGUGCUUAAAAAGGAAUUUAAAAGAUUAGGCGAAUUAAUUGCCAGAUACCAUUUGCUUGUUGCCUCCAGCAAAUUUGUGUUUGUGCCUGGAUUGAAUGAUCCAAGUACACCUUAUAUUGUACCCAGGCUAGAGCUACCUACUUAUAUAACUGAGGGCGUAAAAAAAACUUUACCAAAUGCCAUAUUUGCAACAAAUCCAUGUCGAAUCCAAUAUUGCACCAAAGAAAUCGUUGUCUUUAGAGGCGAUAUAUUAAACAAAUUACUGCAAGAAUCUUUAUUUAAGCCCUCAAAACAAGAUACGCCGAAUUGUAUAGCGAAGACCAUUGUGGGUCAAGGACACCUGUGUCCUUUGAGCUUAAAUGCCUUUAAUGUUCACUGGGAUUUUGACUAUUGCAUGUCUCUGUAUCCUCUACCUGAUUUGGCAGUUAUUGGGGAUAAAGCUGACGGCUACAAAAAACAAUAUAAAAACUGUAUUGUCAUGAACCCUGGCCCUUUUUGCACUGGCGACUUUAGCUUUAAAAUGUAUUAUCCUAACUAUGAUUUAAAUGAGGCUGUUAUUGAUUGUGCCGUUGAUGUAGCUGAUAAUGAUGAAAAUGCUAUGGAAAAUUAGAUUAUACUUUUUUUGUAUAUUAAAUUUAAUUGAAAUAUGA